AUGGUUUGCAACGGAGUGGUUCCAGACUUGUUGUUCCAUGUGACUUUGAACUUGACUUCGGUCUUCACCUUCUCUUUGGCAGAUGCUCCCAAGCUGGACGGACUCGUUAUUGUCGGGGAGUUGAAAUCUGUUGGUGCAGGCUGUUUGUUUUCAAUCAUGUCUGCCAUCAUCUUUCUUCUUGGGGACGAGCUUUUGGACGGCCUAAAGUUCAAGAUCCGCGAUCUGAUUUUGAAACCAAGUGCUUUGGCCACGCUCACCUUGUGA